AUGGAAACCUCCCAGCGUGAUGAAGACUCCUCCAGGCCUUCAUCGCCGCAGCUUAUUCUGGCUGCUGCUGCAGCACCCAGACACCAGCGGCCCUCGGGGCCCGGCGGUGGCAGUCCGACGCCCCUGAAAUCCACGGGGCGUCGGACCGGAGACCCUCGGCUCAAAGAGGUCAAGGAGACGCUGAAGGUCACCAUGGAGACGACCUCAACGGAGCGCUGGACCGACUCCUCCUCAAGAAGGUUAACUGGGCCACCUUUCACCUGGGAUCCUAUCCCAGCGCUCAUCAUCAUCCCAGUGAGGACUCUGUCGGUAAUCGUCAUCCAGUGCUUUAAGCACCGCCUCUGGCGGUCACUGUUCAUCUUUGAUGGUCUGGAUGAAAGUCGAUUUACUCUGGAUUUCAAGAACAAUCCGAUCCUGACUGAUGUUACAGAGUCCAGCUCAGUGGAUGUUCUGGUGACAAACCUCAUCAGGAGGAAACUGCUUCCCUCUGCUCUCCUCUGGAUAACCACACGACCUGCAGCAGCCAAUCAGAUCCCUGCUGAGUGUGUUGGCAUGGCAACAGAGGUCAGAGGGUUCACUGACCCCCAGAAGGAGGAGUACUUCAGGAAGAGAUUCAGAGAUGAUGAAGAGAAGGCCAGCAGGAUCAUCUCCCACAUCCAGAAAUCAAAAAGUCUCCACAUCAUGUGUCACAUCCCAGUUUUCUGCUGGAUCACUGCUAAAGUUCUGGAGGAUGUGAUGAAGACCAGAGAGGGAGGAAAACUGCCAAAGACUCUGACUGAGAUGUACAUAGCAUUCCUGGAGGUUAACUUCGCAAUCAAGAAGGAAAAGUAUGAUGGAGGAAAAAAGACAAGAUCAAUCUGGAGUCCAGAGAACAAGAAGCUGAUUGAGUCUCUAGGAAAACUGGCUUUUGAGCAGCUGCUGAAGGGAAACCUGAUCUUCUAUGACAAAGAGCUCAAAAAGUGCGGCAUCAACAUCAAAGAUGCUGCGUUGUUCUCAGGAGUGUUCACUGAAAUGUUUAAAAGAGAGAGAGGGACGUGCGACAUCUCCGUCUACUCCUUUGUUCAUCUGAGCAUCCAGGAGUUUCUGGCUGCAGUCUACAUGCUCCACUGUUUCACCAGCAGGAAGUCAGAGGUGAUCAAGACGUUUCUGGGAGAAAAAUACAGAGAAACAUCUCUAGAUGAGUUCAUGAAGAAAGUCAUGGAGAAAUCCCUCCGCAGUAAAAAUGGCCACCUGGACCUGUUUGUCCGCUUCCUUCAUGGUCUCACUGUGGAGUCCAACCAGAGACUCUUAGAAGAUCUGCUGGGUCAGACAGAGAACAGUCCAGAAACCAUCCAGAGAAUCAUCAUCAACCUGAAGGAGAUGAACACUAAUAGAAUCUCUCCUGACAGAAGCAUCAACAUCUUCUACUGUCUGGUGGAGAUGAACGACGUCUCAUUUUAUCAGGAGAUCCAACGGCUGCUGGAUUCAGGGAAGAAGCUCUCAGAGACUGACUGUUCAGCUCUGGCCUUCAUGCUGCAGAUGUCAGAGGUUCUGGAUGAGUUGGACCUGGAGAAGUACAACACAUCAUCAGAUGGACGACUGAGACUGGUUCCAGCUGUGAGGAACUGCAGAAAGGCUCGACUUGGAGGCUGUUCGCUCGAAAAGGCUGAAUAUGAAGUUUUGGCCUCGGCUCUGAAGUCCAACCCAGAUCUGACUGAACUGGAAAUAAAUCAGAUCUUCAUAAAUAAAGGUGGAGACUCUGAUCUGAAGCCUCAGCUUGAGAUCCUGGAGAGUUCAGUCAGUAAAGUGAAGAUUCUGAGCUUGAUGGACUGCAGUUUGUCAGAGACCAGCUGGACUUCUCUGUUCUCAGCUCUGAAGUCCAAACCGACCCAUCUGACAAGACUGGACCUGACCAGCAUCAACCUGGGAGAUUCUGGACUGAAGGAGCUCUGUGGUUUUCUACAGACUGAAGGCUGCAGACUGGAGACAUUGAGAUUGUUUGACUGCAGUUUGUCAAAGAUCAGCUGUGAUUAUUUGGCCUCAACUCUGAAGUCCAACCCGACCCGUCUGACAUAUCUGGACCUGAGAGGAAACAACCUGAAGGAUUCAAAUGUUCGGCGGCUGAAGAAGCUUGUAAAGACUUUAGAGUUCUGGCCUGUGUGAAGUAGAGAAUGGUCUCAGUGUCCUGCUGAUCCUCAG